AUGCGCGACACGAGGAGGCACGCGGACCGACUCGUCGGCGACUCUGCUGCACGCCGUAAGGCGGAGAAGAAGGCUGCGGCGGCGGCUGCGAGCGAGGCCGAGCGUGCGGACUACCCGCACGCGCAGCUGCGCGAGAACGUCGAGUUCGUCAUGGACGGCCUGGAGGCUGCGACGCAGGCGGCGCGCAACCCAGCGGGGUCCAAUAUUCAGGUCGCCUACUCGCUGCCUCCCGAGGGGGGCAGCGGGUUCGGCGACCUGGUGUACGCCACGGUCCCUCUGGGCUCCGUGGCGACCAAGGUCGCCCGGGACUGGCUCGCCAACGAGCUCUACGAGCCGGACCGAAAGGUCGCCGACCUGAUCACGGCUGCCGGCGCCUCGGCGCCGGCCGACGCCGUGUUCGGCGGCAUGUUCGCGACGGGCGAGACGCCCCGCUCGACGACCUCCGCCUCCGAGGCGGACGAGGGCGACGGCGCCGGCGGCGAUGGCGGGACCGGCUUCGACCUGUUCGGGCCGGACCCCACCCCCAUGGAGGACCUUUGA